GUGUGGUAUUUUAGUCUGCUUGGGAUGAAUGCAGACGUCCCCUUCUCUCUGAACUAUUCUCUUUUCAGAGCCGGCAGCCCCUUGCUGAGUUGGUCGCAAUCAUUGUUUCUCUGCAGCAUUAACCACAUUCCAGAGAGGCGCAGCGCAUCCUGUCUCCAUCCCCGCAUUCCUUUUACGCGAACGAGUCCCCUGCACAAAACGACCUUUAGUUUGGAUUUUCCACCGCUCAGUGCGCACAGAUUUAUGCGCAGAGGGUAUUUAUCCCCUAUCCGAUUAUCCAGAAUACUUUGAUAUAUGGUCUAGUGAGAAAAAGAGAAAUCUAGAGGAAAAACCAACAAGGGGAAAUUCCUCCGCGCAGCGCGCCAUUGACUGUAAAGACCUUUCAACUUAACAAAAACUGAAGUUGACAAACGUAUCCCCGUCGGCUGAAACUGUGAGAAAGAGUUUGUUUUUUCGGUGAACGGGGCCGAGCUGAAGACGACGAUGCGGAUCUCGGCGGAGGUUCGGGUCCUCGGCGGUGGUUUUGUGUGAAUGCGCUCGGCUGUAGCUCGGCGUUUUGUUUUGAUUUCCAUGUGAAAUGGAAUGAGUGUCGGCGGUGCUCGGUAGUUCGUCUGGAGCGGAGCGCACUCUCAACUUGUUUCUGGCGUCUGGAGAAGCACAACAUGGAUCACUACCAGGAAGAUCUGGGACUCCGGGCCAGUAAACUGAUGGAGGAUCUUUCCUUAUAUGAUGCCUAUAAAGACGGGAUGUACAACGCGAGGCGAGACUUGGUCAUUAACCCCGAUCUGGACUUCUCAUCGGAGCAUAAAAGUAAACCAAUGAAUGGCACCUCUGUGCUCCAUCAGCAGCAUCACACAGUGGAGAAUUUCACGGCUGGGAAUAAAGUGUACAACGCGGCUCCGGUGCGUCCUGUGAACUGCAACCGGGCCGUUCCCGUGGAUUUUUGCACACCUCAAAGAGACGCCGUUUACAGUGAGGAGGGCUGUUGCACCAAAUCCGAGGUGGCUCUGCCGUGUUACACCGGCGCCUCGGAGCGGCACAGGAGGUUCUCCCUGGAGGUGCAGGGCCACAGGUACAGCACCGGAUCCACCUUCGACGGCGUCCCCCUCAACAAACCGGUGGCUCUGCCCGGCAACAGGUGCAACAGUGUGUGCAUCACCAGCAGCCACGACGGCAGAUACAACCCCACCAGCCCCAGGUCCAGCCUCGCAUCCUCUCUGUCCUCCCAGGAGCAGAGCAAGCAUGCGAGCCCGAGGUCGAGCAUCAGCAGCCCGCGGACCAGUCUGGUGGUUCCGGGCCAGGACAGGUACACCAGCCCCAGGUCUAGUCUGGUGCACUGUGAGGGGAGCAGCGUCCUCAGCCCCAGAUCCAGCUAUGCAAGCACCGCCAGCGACACCAGUAAACACUCCAGUCCACGGGCCAGUCUGAACAGCUGUGACUGCUGCAGCAAACCCAGCAGCAACCGAACCAGCGGCAUCAGCAUGGGCUACGACCAGAGGCACACCAGCCCCAGGUCCAGCACCGCCAGCCAGUACUCCUUCACCACCAGCCCCAGAUCGAGUUACUCCGACUCCCGGUACGGGCCCGUGGUCAACCACGACCUGGAGGGGGCGAUUUUACACGCGGCUCCUCUGGCGAGUCCGCGCUCCAGCAUCUGCAGCCAGGACGGGAGCGCACGGCCGGGGACCGCGGCCAACUGCGUGGUCAGUCCCCGGUCCAGCAUCUCCAGUCACAGCUCCAGAAGCUCCAGGAGCUCCAGGGGAUCAAUGAGCACCUACCCGGAUCUGCAGCUGCCCUCACCCAGAUCCUCAAUGUUGGGGAGUAGUUUACACGAGGACACGCUGCUGCAGGACUUUGGAGACUCCAACGGGAGUUUACAGACCCGCAUCAGCCAUCUGUCUGCGGUGCCAGAGCCCCAGCCCCAGCCCCCCCAGCCCCAGCAGCAGCCUCAGUCAGCCCAGACCGUGGAGAUGACCGCGGGCUCCCCAUCAGCAUUUACUUAUGGCAUGUCCUCCAAAGGGUCCUCGAGCCAGAGGUUUAAGUUACCUUACCAGGUGACCCCCAGUAGAGAGAAUGGGCCAAGCCAGGCUGAGAGACGGCUGGAGGCACUGACCCUGGAGCUGGAAAAGGAGUUAGAGAUGCACAUGAAAAAGGAAUAUUUUGGUAUCUGUGUCAAAUGUGGGAAGGGUGUGUACGGAGCCAGCCAAGCCUGCCAGGCCAUGGGCAACCUUUACCACACAAACUGCUUCACCUGCUGCUCCUGUGGGCGGAGGCUGCGAGGGAAAGCGUUCUACAAUGUCAAUGGAAAAGUCUACUGCGAGGAAGAUUUCCUGUAUUCCGGUUUCCAGCAGACUGCCGAGAAGUGCUUUGUGUGUGGUCACCUCAUCAUGGAAAUGAUCCUCCAGGCGCUGGGCAAGUCCUAUCACCCCGGCUGUUUCCGCUGCGUGGUGUGUAAAGAGGGUCUAGAUGGCGUGCCUUUCACAGUGGACGUCGAGAACAAUAUCUACUGUGUCAAAGACUACCACACGGUUUUUGCUCCUAAAUGUGCCUCCUGCAACCAGCCCAUCCUUCCAGCCCAGGGCUCGGAGGAAACCAUUCGAGUUGUAUCCAUGGACAAGGACUACCAUGUGGAGUGUUACCACUGUGAGGACUGUGCUCUUCAGCUGAAUGAUGAGGAGGGCCACCGCUGUUACCCACUGGAAGGCCACCUUCUCUGCCACGGCUGCCACAUCCACCGACUUCAAUCCCAGGUCCCUGCCCACCCGCCCCCCAGCUACCCUCUCCAUGUCACGGAGCUGUGAGGGGGACAGGGGUGGGCGGGAGCUAAGCCCUCUCUCCAUUGUGACCUGAGAACACCAGCCACCAGAAGAAAGGCCUGACUCUUCUGGCCAGUUCACCCAGCAUUUCCAGGGAAGCCUCUGUGUGGCCCCUGGAGCCUCUGCUCCUGUCCUCUAACUGGACGGCCCAACUGUGGACUUCCACCCACAGCGCAGCUCCCACCAAAAGCUCUGCUGUCACAUGACAGGGCUGGGAAAAAAGCUUCCCUCCCCUCCAUCUGUGGUUUUUCCUCCCCUUUCCUUUUGGGUGUCUGACCCUCAAAGCCAACAUGCUGGCUCACCCAGAGGCCCCUGGUGACGUCACACCUCCUGACCCCUGCACAUUCUUCAAAGUGAAGGAUUUUGAAUUGGAAGAGAAAAGGCAAAAUGUUCUCUCUUUUUGCUUCCCUCUCUUCCUUUCCAUGUUUUUCAUUCCUGUGCUCUGACUGAAGCGGUUUACCGCAAUGAAUUCAGCAGUGCUGUCACGGCUGAGAACGCUGCUGAUCUCGGUGUCGGGAAGGCCAGGGAACGAGCCAUUACAUUCCAGUGCUGGCUGGACCGGACAGGCCCCAGGGUGGGCAUGCUGUGCCUUCAGAGCGGGCUCUCUCCGUGCAGCAUCGUGACACAGAAAAGACCUGUUAGCUCAUCGCUCCCUACCCCAGUAUAACAGAUGCACCGUAGCACCAGUGGCACUGCCACAGAGCUGGAGGACCGACUGACAUUCCACGUAGACGUCUUAGAUGAGACCUUGAGAGAUUCACAAGCAGUGUCUUAAUUAAUGAUUAUAUUAUGACAGAAAAAGAAAAUUUUAGAAGCACAUAGAUUGUCUUUUAUAUAUGAAUAUAUAUUUUGCAGAUGUUUUCCACAUAAGAUCCUAGAUUUAGAUUCUUGUUUUUUUUGUUGCUGUGCUCAUGAAAGAGUCAGAGGUGGAAUAUUGUGUGUGUCGCACAGUCUGAAUCCUCUGAAGUGUUUGGGUCUGAUGUAUCAUUUCUCCUUCAGGACACAGAGUCUCUACAUAUCUGUCUGUCAUUCAGAGAUACAGAGGCCUUUUUUAGGAGCAGAUCUGGUUCAAACUGUAUUUGCAUGUAAUGUUUUAUUCCACCUUGGGUGUCAGAUAGAUAGAUAUUUUUUACCGGUGAGUUUUUAACACUGAAACUCUGUGUUCAUCAAACAGAUCUCCUGACUAGCCUGUUUUUAUUUGAAUGGAAAGUCUUCACUGUUUAUGUGUUCCAGUAACUCAUUGACUUGUGUAUACAUGAGUAGCACAUAGUAUCUCUUUAUUAGUGAUUUAUUACAGUCUUAAUCUUCUUUGAUUGUCCUCCUGAUAUGGCAUAUGCCUAAUAAGAUGGACAAGAUCAUAAAUCAUGUGUAACCGCUUUUUUAUAACUGAAAUAAGGAGGUUAUUGAGGUACAACUGCAGACUGUGGUCACACAGAAUAAGGCAUUGAUAAGUGCUUUUUACUGAAUAAUGAAGAGCAGUGUGCUGUCUU